GCGAAGUUUCCGGUGUUGUGUGUAUGUUCCUGGAAACAUGGCGGCCAGCUUCCGCGGCCGUCCUAUCCGGAGUCUUCGGAUGCGAGGUCGGAAUGACAGCGGGGAGGAGAACGUCCCGCUGGAUCUAACCAGAGAACCGGCAGAAAACUUCCGGGAAAUCCUUCAAAAUGUGGCCAAACCGCACGGAGUCAGUAACAUGCGCAAACUGGGCCACCUGAACAACUUCAUAAAGCUGCUAUGCAGCAUCAGCCACCGCGAGGAGAACUUUGGCUUUACUUAUGAAGAAAUCAUUAUUUGUCUGCGACUGGCUCUUCUGAAUGAGGCGAAGGAAGUGCGUGCGGCGGGCCUGCGGGCGCUGCGUUACCUCAUCAGAGACACCAGCGUGCUGCAGAAGGUCCUCCGACUGCAGGUGGACUACUUGAUAGCCAGAUGCAUCGACAUCCAGCAGAGCAACGAGGGCGAGCGGACCCAGGCUCUGAGGCUCGUCAGAAAGCGGCGACGCGAGAGAGGGAGCAGAGCAGCAGGGAGCGCCUGGCAGGAGAUGGAGGCAGCUCGUCCAGCGGAGGGAACGUGGUGGGGGGGGGCGCCAGCACUCAGUUUAAGAGCCGCAGUCAGAGCUUCAACACGGACACCACCACCAGCGGCAUCAGCUCCAUGAGCUCCAGCCCCUCCAGGGAGACCGUGGGCCACCCAGACCACCCAGACCACCCAGACCACCCGGAACCAGAACCAGAACCUGAACCUGAACCAGACUCAUCGGACUGCGUCAGCCUCAACACCGUGGUGUCUGCCGCCACCGUGAAAACACUGCCUCCUCUCAGCCCCCAGGCUGACUCCAACCACGUGUCCACGCCCAAGUCGUCCUCUGCCGUGUCCCUGGUGCCGCCCGGCUCGUCUCACACGCUCCCUCGCCGGGCGCAGUCCCUCAAGUCCCCGUCGGUGACCACCAUCAAGAGCCUGGCGGACUGCAGCUUCAUGUACACCAGCCCGCGGGAUGCGCUGGGCUACGCCACGCUGAAGCGGCUGCAGCAGCAGAGGAUCCACCCGUCCCUGUCCCACAGCGAGGCGCUGGCGUCGCCCGCCAAGGACGUGCUGUUCACCGACACCAUCACCAUGAAGACCGGCAGCCUGGACUCCCGGCUAACGCCACGCAGGUUCCUGAAGGCGCUGAGCUUUGCCUCUCUGGAUAAAGAGGAGCUGCUGAGUCCCAUCAACCAGAGCACGCUGCACCGCUGCUCCUCGGUGCGCUCCAUGGUCUCCAGCGCCACGUACGGCUGCAGCGACGACUACGUUGGCCUGGCGCUGCCCAUGGACAUCAACGACAUGUUCCACAUCAGAGACUCCGCCUACUUUCAGCAGAGGGUCAGCCCGCCAUCGGAGGAACGCAAACGCUUCCUCUUCGGCGACGGAGACGGCGACCGACCUCCUCUGCCGGCCCUGAAGCAGCAGUUCAGCAUCUCGGAGCUGAUCAUGUGCCGCGGGGACACCCAGAACCACACGGUGGGUUCGGAGGAGACCGGCCUGCAGGAGCACACGGAGGAGAACUGCCUCUACUGCGUGGGAGCCAUCGUCCUGGGAUACCCCACGCAGCCGCAGAUCAACAGCACGCACCCCCGCACAGACUAUGUGGACUCUCCAUCAAAAGAUGCCACCGUCUGGAGGAUAAAGGAGAAGUUCCCGUACGCCUUUGACGACAUCUGCCUGUACUCGGAGGUCUCCUUCCUGCUGGCCCACUGCAUGUUCCGCCUCACGUCUCGCCGCUUCAUACAGGAACUCUUCCAGGACGUGCAGUUCAUGGCGAUGUACGAGGAAGCCGAGGCGAUCCUGACGAAGCUCCCGAAAGCUGUGGAAGAGGACGCAGACCCGCCUACAGAGUCCUGA